UGUUUUGUUGUUCAGAUUACUUUCUUUUUUAUUAUUGUGGUAGUAACUUACUUACUGAGUGGGCUGUAAUGAGGAAAUACGAUGAUAAUUGUAUUUUUGUUAUCUUAAAAUCAUGGAGAAUAAUCAACAAUUUAAAGGAAAAAAUAGAUUGAUAAUGAAGAGCACAUUUUUUGGAAUUUUUUUUGUUGGAACAUGCUUUGCCGAACCACAAUUACAAUUAAUAAAUAUCGUAUUCAGACAUGGCGAUCGUACACCAGUUCUUCAUGCAAUUUUUCCAACUGAUCCAUAUCACAACUCUAGUUUUUACCCAUAUGGUCAUGGUGGUUUAACAAAUGAUGGGAAAUAUCGAAUCUAUAAAUUCGGAGAAUUUCUUCGUAGAAGAUAUAAAGACUUUCUGGGUGAUGUUUAUUUACCAAACUUAAUUUAUGUGCGUAGUACAGAUGUUGAUAGAACAAAAAUGAGUGCACAACUGGUUCUGGCUGCUCUAUUCCCACCAUCCGAUCUACAAAAAUGGCAUGAUACGCUCGAUUGGCAACCCAUUCCAAUUACAUAUUAUCCCAAACCAUUAGAUGUUAUUUUAGCUGUAACAUCUCAAUCUUCGUAUUUACGGAUCGACGAACCAACAAUAAAUUCGUUAUCACUUAGUUUUAUCAGAGCAAAAAAGAGAGUAAGCAAGACUGAAUACAUUCGAAAUCGCUUGAAACAUUUUGAAGCAUUUAUUUCGCAAUUGGAAAAACUAACAGGAAUGAAAAUAAAAGAAACUUAUGACGUAACUAAAAUAUAUGAUACACUUUACUGUGAAUGGAAAAUGAAUUUGACGCUUCCAAGUUGGACUAACGAGAUCUUCCCAAAUGGAAAAUUACUCGAUGCGGCGCUGAUCGAUUACGAGCUCAUGACAUACGACCAAAAUAUGACAUACGAUUUAGUUGGAAAGUUGGCUGAGAAAAUCAGAGAAGACAUAUUAGCAGUGACAAACACAAGAGAAACCAUUGAAAGGAAAAAAUUAUAUUUAUACAGCGGUCAUGAAGUCAAUGUAGUUGGAGCUUUGAUGUCGCUGCAGAUUUAUGACAGAGAUCAUAUACCAACUUACGGCAGUGCUGUGAUAAUCGAACUUCUCAAAGAGAAUGACAAAUACUAUGUGAAAGUUUUGUAUUACAAAGGAAAUUCGUCCAAAGUCGAGGAAAUGGCAUUGCCGGGAUGUUCGAUUCUGUGCCCAUUAGAACAUUAUUUGACUCUGGUGUAUGAUCUGCUGGGACCAGCAAAAGCGCUCCGUUUAUAA